AUGGCUUACCGAGACCAGGAGGCAGUGCUGGAUUACGCGCAGGAGCAGGCCCAACUAGGCAAAUCAUGCGUGGUGUGCGUUUGGGGCGACCUGAACGUGUCAGCCAAGGAAUUGCUGAAUCGCGUGCGACGUCGCGCUGAGACCGUCGAACUGAUUCCGGGAGUUAGCAGCAUUCAAAUAGCCUGUGCUCGGGCCGGCAUAUCUCUGGAAGAGUCGGUGUUUAUCACCCUGCACCAGCGAUGGGAUCGUGGGUCGGAAUUGUCCGAAUUGGUAGAGUUGAUGAACCAGGGAAGGCGUAAUGUCAUCCUAUUACCGCGGCCAUACGAUUUCAUGCCACCCGCCAUCGCUGCCGGAGCCGUUGCGGACGGGGCAGACCCUGAACAUCCCGUUACGGGUUUUCCAGCGUCUCACCCUGCCCGAUGA